GGUUGGGUUUGAUUGCCUCUUUCUUAUUUAUUAGGGUUGAAAUUUAAAUUUGUGAAACCUAAUUUGGUUCGAGAUUGAGAAUUUUUAAAAAAAAGCGCUCUAGAAGAGUUUUAAUAGUUGUGGAGUUCGUAUGUGAUGUGAUGUGUGUGUGUGUGUUUUUUACAUGAGGGAGUAGGUGCUGCUAACACAACUUGGGACUCUAGAGCUUCUCCAGAAGACAUGGAAAAGAUGUGGAAUCAUCCUAUUGUUAGUAAAGAGUGGAGCAAAUCUGGGGAGAAACAGGGGAAAAGUGCGAUUUUCUCACGAUGCCGAGAAUAGACCUUAUCUUUCUCGGGUAGAGUUAAGGGCCGGAAAUGGUGGUAGGAUGGUAUCAUUCACAUCCUGGAUUUGGCUGUUGGCUCUCUGGUGUGGACAUCAAUACUCAACAGAGUUUUGAAGCUUUGAAUCAACGUGCUGUGGCAGUUGUGGUGGAUCCCAUACAAAGUGUUAAGGGGAAGGUGGUCAUUGAUGCCUUCCGCUUAAUUAACCCACAAACCAUGAUGCUUGGCCAAGAGCCAAGGCAAACAACGUCCAACCUUGGACAUUUGAACAAGCCAUCCAUUCAAGCAUUGAUCCAUGGGCUGAAUAGGCAUUAUUACUCAAUAGCCAUUAAUUACAGGAAGAAUGAACUUGAGGAGAAAAUGCUACUGAACCUGCACAAGAAGAAGUGGACUGAUGGCUUGACACUGCAACGAUUUGAUACCCAUUCCAAGACCAAUGAGCAGACUGUUCAG